AUGCUGGCGUCACCGUCGCGCUCAAUGUGCAUGGCCAGGCGGGCUCUCGGCAUCGCUCAGCCCGUGGAGCAAGCAAAGACUUUGCCUGCAUUCCUCGUAGCAGCACGCGCUUUUGGGAGCACUGUGCCAUGUCGCAACGCCGAUGGAUCCGACGACGAAAUGGAGGCUCGACGGCGCUGGGUAUCCGCGUUUGAGCCGAUCCAGCUGCGGCGCAACGACCUGGACGUCACCUUUUCGCGCUCGUCCGGACCGGGCGGUCAGAACGUCAACAAGCUCAACACCAAAGCCAAUGUUCGUCUCGACCUCUCGCAGGCAGGCGCGCAUGCACACGAGUCACUCGACGCUGCACACCCACGCAAGUGGCUCACGAGGGAUAUCGUCAGCCGCAUCGCCAAGGGCUCGCCGUACUACGUUGCGUCGGACCACUCGAUGCUGGUGACGAGCAUGCGCCACCGCACCCAGGAGGCCAACGUGCAGGACGCACUGGACAAGAUGCAUGCCCACAUCCUCGAGCUCGCCCAGGACGGCCUCGUGGGCGAAACGAGCCAGGAACAGCGGGAUCGCGUCAAGAGGCUGCAGCAGGCAGAGGCGCGCCGCAAAAAGACCAACAAGAUCAAGCGCGCCGACGUCAAGAGCGGACGCAAGUUCAAGGGCUAG